AUGACACAUCACAACAACAAUAAUAAUAAUAAUAAAACUGUUUAUACGGUCACAACUAGUUCAGGUGUGGUUGAGGGACAGUCAGUUCGUGUGCUCGACAAGACAGUCCACCAGUUCCUAAACAUACCGUAUGCCGAGCCUCCAGUGGGCGCUCUACGAUUUGCCCGACCUGUGUCCCUAAAACAACCUAUUAAAGGCAUUAUCGAUGGCACCAAACCGGGCAACUCAUGUAUGCAAAAGUUUGUCAAAUCACUUGAGUUUGUUAAAAUGGGAAACAUUACCACUAGUGAAGACUGUUUGGUGCUAAAUGUAUGGACACCGCAUACCAGAAGAAAAAACGUAAUGUUUGAUCGCAAACAGGAUCGUAGUUUACGGCCAGUUAUGUUUUGGAUAUACGGCGGCGGUCUGACCAUUGGCAGUAUAUUUCAAUCCCAAUACAAUGCCAGUGCAUUAGCGGCUCACGAUAUAGUUGUAGUGUCAGUAAACUACAGAUUAGGACCGUUUGGCUAUCUAUACACUGGCGAGGACAGCGCUCCUGGGAAUGUUGGUUUCUAUGACCAGAUACUGGCAUUGGAAUGGGUUAGAGAUAAUAUACACAGUUUCGGUGGCGAUAGGAAUCAAAUCACAAUUUUCGGUGAAUCAGCCGGUAGUUGGUCGGCAUCGGUACACAUACUGUCACCGCUGUCUAAAGGCCUAUUCAAACGGGUUAUUAUGCAAAGUGGCGGUCAUAUGUGGAACAAAUUGAGAGCACCAUAUAGUAAGGCACAGGCGUUAUCGGUGGCCAAACAAUUAGCCACAAGUAUCGGCUGCAACGAUAGCAAAGUCGAAGUAUGGCUACAGUGUCUGCGAGGGGUCGGCGCCGAUAAAAUUAUCAACGCUACCGAUACAACUAUACAGAUAUAUCCGCUGUUAGAUACGGAUCUGUUGCCAGUCUCAGCACAGGUAGCUUUUGAGCGACAUUUGUUUAAUAAGGAUUUAGAUAUAUUGUCGGGUGUCAACAAAAAUGAGGGCUCAGCCCUAAUGCAAGUACUACUAAAGCCAAACAUAACAAAAAGUGAUUUCAUUGCUUUCGUACAGUUUAUGAAUGCUGUCUAUCAGGACAUGAAUGAGACGGUCGUUAGUGAACAGUAUCUGAAAGGUGUCGACACUAACAGUCCGGAGGCACUGAAAUGGCGUGAAUACGAUCUGUUCGGUGAUAUCAUUAUGAAAUGUCCGACAUAUCUGUUUGCUAAACAAUAUGCCCGGAGCUCAACAAUUAAGAGUAAUAGGGUCUACUUUUAUGAGCUUACAUACCAGCGCAGGGCAUACCUCGAUGAAACAGUUUAUGGAGUCACACAUUAUUCUGACAUUGAUUUUGUAUUUGGUUUACCACUUAUUGAUCCAAAACAUAGUGAUACAGAUAAAGACAGACAGUUUAGUUUGCAAGUUAUGAAAUUGUGGACUAAUUUUGCUAAAUACGGUAAACCAAGCGAUGAUUGGCCGAAAUUAAUUGACCCAAAAAAUCCUACAAUAUUACCGAAAAUACGGGAAUUACAUCCAAAUAUAUUAUCACAUAAUUUUGUUAACUUAUUCAAUGAUACGUGUGAUGAUAUAGUUUGUGGCGAUAAACGUCUAGAACUUGUAUGGAAUGAUGAGUUUAAUGGCAACAAAAUUGAUACAAAAAAAUGGGAUAUCAAUAGUAAUUGGGAUCCGUUUGAUGAUAAAUGUGAUGAAAUCAGUUGUAAAGUAAGCAAUAAUAUCUAUUUAAUGGAUGGAUUUCUUACAUUGUUUGCAAAAUAUGUGGCCAAUGAUUACGAUUAUCGGUUGAAAAGAAAUUAUACGACCGCACAAAUCAGUUCAUAUAAAAGUUGGUCAUAUGGCCGCUUUGAGUUAAGUGCGGCAAUGCCUACCGGGCCAGCCAUAACAGUUAGUAUGCUUUUGAUGCCUAGUUGGUUACUACCGUCGGUAAAUAUUGUCGAUUAUGAACAAAUUGGCCAACAAAUUGAGUUUAGUGUUUGGUACGGAAUACCUGAGUUAAAUCAAAUAUUUCAUACAAAUGUCUCGUCAAACAUACAUGACUUUCACACCUAUGCUCUGGAUUGGACACCACAUGAGUUCAAAUGGCUCAUCGAUGGUAUACCGAGACAUACCAUCUCUAUAAACAAAUCUUUUAAUGAUAACAAUAACAAAACUGAUGAAUCGUUUGGUAGACCACUUCAUUUGCUUUUUUAUAUUCAAGUCAAUCAAAAAUCUGGUAAUUUUAGUGACGAUAUAUAUAGACAGUGGAACUGUUCGGCACUUAUUGUUGAUUACGUACGGGUCUAUCAAUGGGUCGAUAACAAUGUGAACACAAGACCUAAUAAUACGGCGCCGGCUGUCAUAACAAAUGAUGUUUCAACCGAUUCCAACAGUUUCGUAGUUAUUUGA